UUGCUCCGUUUGUUUCCGAGGAAUCCACUGAAUCCACCGAUUCACCUCUUUUUUUGCCCAAGAUGCCAUGGCCAACACGCCGGAACUCGAAUCGGUGUUGAGCCGAAGGCGAGAAGAAGUUGAAGCGAGAGGUGCCUUUUACACCAAGGAUCGGUGUGGGCGUGCUGAUGCGGUUUGGUAUGAGCGCACCGAAGGGCAGUUCAGCCCUCGCCACUCGGACAGACCCGUCUCCCGCUUGGCAAGUGCAUCACCUUUCCCUGAGCGAGACGAGCCAGCGGAGGCACCGCGACAGCGCCCCCACUUGGUACGGAGGCGAUCCGCACCCAAGCAACAUCCUGAACCCGAUCGCGUGAGGCGGAGCUUUCCCAGGCGUGUGUCCACCGGCACCGCUCUGAAGGCACCGGUGCGUCCCAUGAAUUCACGCAACACAUCGCCAAUGGCAUCUUCUGCACGAUCCCUGGCGACACCCGAGCGCACACGAGCUGCGGCGAGUGAGGAGGGGUCACAUGCAGCAACUGCGACGACUGGGCACACCAGAUGCAGCGUUGACGCAGACUUGAAGGAUGUGAAGGAUGUGAAGUCGCCUGCGGCAAAACGCUCAGAGAGCAGCUCCUCAGCAGGAAACCGGCGGCAAAUGACAUCAAGUCAAGAGGCCAGUACAAUCAGCUGUGAAGCAAUACCUCCUCCGCCCGCGCCAAAGAGUGUAAGCCAAAGAGCGCCAGUGGAUCAGAAAGGGGAGAAUGCUGAUUCACGAGUGGGUCCACAAGGAAAGAAUGGCCCUUCUGCAUCUGCCUUGCCGCAAUUGUCGCGCCCACCAAAAGCAGGUGCAGGUGGACUUCCGAAGGUGCCGAGAGUGGUCGCGGAGCCAGGUGCUGCUGUUCAGACAAACAAAGCAGCAGAUGAGUCUCCUUGCGAUGCAGGUGGCUGCUCGGAAGCUGUGCAAGAUCCAGGAGGCUUGCAAGAUGGGAGCUCGAAAGGCGACCAACCUGAGGAUGCCCAAGUCGAAAGUUCUCAUCAGGAACCAGGUACUAUGCGCGAAAGCAAGCGCCAUGUGCGGCUUUCCACUGUUGAGAGCUCUGAGGAGGGCCCAGGCUUCUCGAAGCCUGUCCCAGCGCUCGAAUCGCCACAGGACGAGCGAUCUCGAAGUACUGCGUGCGGAAGCAAGCGCCAUGUACGGCUUGCUACUGCCGAGAGUUCUGAGGAGGGCCCAGGCGAGAAGCCUCAAAAAAAAGCGCAAGAAGACAGUUCUCCAGAAGAAGCAGGUGAGCCGAUUGAUUCGCCCUUCCGCUCCGUGGCCACCGGUGUCAGCAGUUGGCGCCAGCUGAGCCUUGGCUCCUUGUCCUCACAAGGUUUGCCCACCAUCUUGACGCACAUCUCUGAGAGCAAGAAAGGUAUGUGGGUGGAUGAGGAGGAGGAGGAGCCUUUGCCUUCGCCCAAGGCAGAACCGGAGCCAGCGCCAAGUCCGAACUGCGAGGCAGCAUGGCAAGGCGGAGCUGGUGGACAGAGCGGACUUCCUGCACCGCUGGUGAUCUCUAUUCCGCCAGGUCAUGGUGAUGCCAAGGACAACGAACCGCCCAAGCUGGACGAGCGGGACUACCGCAUGCUUUGGGAAGCUGUUGUGCAGGGCCACGUGUCUGUGUUGCAGCAGUUCAUGGCGCGAGGGCUUCUCCAAAGUGGCUGCCUUUGCGACAUGAAUGGCCACAGCAUCUUUUGGAAUGCCUUGGCAUACCAACAACAGCAGGUGGCCAUGUUCUUGCUGCAGCACUUUCCACCAGGAACUCCCGAGGGCAUUGACCUGAUGGAGAUCCAUGCUCGGCGCAAAGAUACACUGCUCCACCUUUGUGUGUACUUCGAGGACUUCUCAGGACCUGCUGCUGAGCUUUUCAAGUCACUUUUCUUAGGCAUGGGUCAAAUGCAUGCAAAUCCAUUGCAGGCUUGGAGCAGAGCCAAUGCUGACUCGGAGACCUUCUUGCAUUGUGCAGCAGCCAGAAGAAACUUCUGGGUGAUGCGCUUUGUUGCGUCGCAUGCUUGGGAGUUGCUUUUUCAGCAAAGCGUGAGAGCCAAUGCUAUCCAGGUCUUGCUUGAGAAGCUGGAAGAGGUUGGAGUGGUUCGUCCAGCGGCCGCUGCUCCUGAUGUUGAGGUACCGCAAACAUGGAUGAACUUUGCGCAGUAUUUGCCGCAUCGCGCAGAAAGAGGAUCGGCCUUUGCAGAUGUCGAGCUCGAGGUGCAGGAGUCGUCGACUUGCUAUCGGAGCAUCGCUGCGCAUCGCUGCGUGCUCGGAGCUGCCUCAGGCAUAUUCCAUCAACAACUCCUCGAAUGCCCUUCAGGAAGGUCCAUUCUCAUAAGCCCACUUAGCUGCCGAAGCUGGAAGGUUCUGGACACUGCUUUGACCUUCAUUUACUCCUCGCGAAUCUCUUGUGAUUUCAGUGAGGAUGGCUUCUUGCUUUGGCAGUUGCUGUGCCUUUGCAGCAGCUACCAACUCCCAGAGCCGCUCUGGAGGUACGCCAGAUCAGCACUUCUUCGGGUGCUCGUGGAUUCAACGUUUGCUGUGGUGACCCCAUUGCUUUUGGAGGCCCGAGAUGAGGUUGGUUUGUCAGAUCUUGAGGCCUGCUUCGCGGCGCACACGUUUCUGCAAAGUCCAGAGGUGGCACUGCGCAGUUGCGAGCAGCCUCAGGCUCUUCUGACAGCAUUGGGUGAGAUCGAGCGCCAAGCCAUGUCAAUGGCGACGAAAGAGGAUGUGCCGCUCACAAGUGGUGGCCCUCCAUGUACGUGAAGUGACGACCACGACCACGAAGUGGAACGUGUCCAGCCAGGUUAGCUCCAGUGAGGCAGAUGGGGGCUCUCCGGAGACUUUAAGCAUUUUUAAGCAAUCCUAGAUGCAACCAUGUCCACUCAAGAACGUUUUAGAUGUUUAUAGAUUCGAUGUUGUGAUUUGAGGUAGAA